AUGAAGAUCAGCGCCAUCGUGUCUGCGGCCAUCUUGGCAUCGUCCGCUGUGGCCCUCCCGGCGGUUCAGGCGCGCGAUGACAUCGCUGCCGACGAGGCCCAGUUUGCCGAUCUUACUGAGAGCAUCAAGGCUGAUGUGCUGAAGACUCUCGAUAAGCGCGAGGAGAGCCUUCGGAAGCGCGGUGAGACGGCGACUUGUACGGCCAAGAACCUCGUCUUCCGCCGCGAGUAUGGGUCUCUGUCUAAGCAAGAAAGACUCGCGUAUGUCAACGCCGUCAAAUGUCUCCAGAGAUUGCCGCCGCGCACACCGGCCAACGUCUCUGCAGGUGCACGGUCGCGGUUUGAUGAUUUCGUGGUCACGCACAUUCAGCAGACUCUCACGAUCCACUACACUGGAAACUUCAUGCCAUGGCAUCGUUGGUUUGUCCACCUCUAUGAGAAGGCCUUGAGAGAGGAGUGCGGCUACACUGGGUACCAACCCUACUGGGACUGGCCGAAAUAUGCAUCCGCCCCGGAGAAGUCCCCGAUCUUUAACGGUGACCCGUACAGUCUCGGCGGAAAUGGAGACUUCGUUGAACACGACGGCCCCGUGAUCACGCCCCCUGAUGGUGUCGGCGGUGGCAACAUCCAGCUGCCCGCCGGCGUUGGAGGUGGCUUCGUCACAACCGGCCCAUUCGCGAACAUGACUGUGAACCUCGGCCCAGUCGGGGGUCUUGAGGGGACCGCUGCCGGCCCGGACGGUGGUCUUGGCUACAACCCGCGUGGGCUGAAGAGAGACGUCGGCCCUGCUAUGAACACCAGAUACGCAAACUACACCACCGUACUGAACCUUCUUCUCAAGCCGAACUUCGCCGAGUACCGUCUUCUUUCAGAGGGUGUGCCAUACACCGUUGAGAUCGGCCCCCAUGGAGGCAUGCACUACGCCAUCAGCGGUGACCCUGGUGCUGACCUGUUCACCUCGCCUGGCGACCCGGCUUUCUGGGUUCACCAUGGAAUGAUGGACAAGAUGUGGACUUACUGGCAAGCACUGGAUCCCGCCACCCGCCACAAGGACGUCAACAGCGGAGACUAUGGCCACUUGACUUGGGCGAACAGUCCUGCCUCCAACAAGACUCAGCUCACCGAUGUUAUUGACAUGGGGUACACCGGUUCAUCAAUCCAGAUCCAGGACGUGAUGGAUACGCUGUCUGGGCCGUUCUGCUACUUCUAUCUUUGA